UUUCCGGUAAAUUAUGAGUAUGUUUCUUGGAGAAAACGAAGGAAACCCAUGUAUGCUACAGAAGGGCGCGAUGUCGACCAAUUCGAAUUUUCUCAGCUCCUCUUUUCAUGUCCGGUUCCUUCACGCUUUAUCGAACAGAAUAACUUCAACGUGAUUAAUCCACUGUUUUGGAUCGACUUGGUACCAAUACGAGCGCCUGCCCGACGCGGUCCCAUGCUAAUGACCAAAGAUCAGGUAGGCCCGCAAGAAUUUCAGCACCUGGAUCGUUUCAGUAUCUUGGAACACUACGGAAACGCGCACAUUCUCCCUGCCAUCGAAGAUUCGGGUAGAAUCGUUAACCUUCCUGUUUGUCCGACAACACCGAAGCCACAGCAUCAUCCUUCAUACCAAUUGGUGGCGUGCACUUGGACAUCUGCUUCUUAUAAUCGACGGGGGGACACAACGACUGUGGAAGACUCUGCUGCCCGCCUGGAAGAAUGGAUUGUCUUUCAUCGGACUGUCGGAUUUGAUCACAUUUAUAUUUACGACAAUACACAGGUUCCACAGAACUCUUCGGAAUCCGUUCUAUUCAAGAUAGCAUCACAGUUUCCGAGCUUUGUCACAUAUCAUUCAUGGCCGGCAAAAUCGUGCAGCAACAAUCGACCAAAUCACAAAAAUCCUGGCGAGCGUUCCUCCCAAUAUGCAGCCGAGGCUUCAUGCCGUGAACGUUACGGUCCGACUGCAUCCUGGAUGGCAUUUAUUGAUACAGAUGAGUAUUUGGCACCGAUGGGGAACAAAACUUGGUUACCUCUGCUGGAUAAAAUGGACGCAAAGGACAUCAAAGUUCUAAAACUGAAGAGCAGUCGCGGCCGUCCCCGAGAAAGUUUGAUGCAACUCUUGGAUGAUCCUAACGAAUGCAAUAGCCAAUCACGGCUGAGCUCUUUUUCAAAGAACGAGUGCUUGAUCCCGAGGAAGAAUGAAACUUUUCUACGGGUAUACAAUUGUGACUUCAUCCGGCCUCCACGCCCCGUUCGCUUUGCCCGCGCGAUGAAGCAAAUUUACAAGCCCAACUUUGUUCUUAGCCACUUUGUACAUUACUCUACGAUUACAGCAAGCAUGUCACGAUACUACAAGGAUUUUAAGGCUAGAGACCUAUACACACGUGAGCUCAAUGAAGGGGACUGGGGUGAUAUUUUUCUUGACGAGCGAACGGAGGGAACACUUAUCCACGCAAAGUCGGUGCUUCCACACGAGACAAUGGCGCGAAAGGACUCAUGUCAGAUUGCGUCAAAGCGACCUUGUGUGAUUGGUCAUGUCUGUCCCAAUACGACGCCUUUUGUAGACGCUAUUCAUCAAAAGAACGUAUUCCGAGAUGCUGAUGGAAAUUUUUGCAACUGCUGGAUCAACGAGCAUGUGGAGAAAACUUUGAUUCCAAAUCUUGAAAAGGCUCUCCGGGAGCACAAAAGAAAUUCGUUCAUGGCCGACUAACACUAAGGCUUAUUGCUGUAGUGGAUGCAGCAACUCAAGGACACAACGUGAUUCCGUUGGAGAAUGUGCCGGCUAGUCUCACGUGCCGAAGCGCGAGAUAUGUAAAGAGACUAUUGACUUUCCUGUCGGUAAGAAGUUGCAUUCAUGCAAGCGGACCGAAAGAUACGGACCUCGAAUGUGAACGAAAGGUUUGUCACUGUCGUUUCGAGCGUCUCUCUACUAGAUAGAGAAUUGGUAGGAAAAAGCUAGUGUCU